UUUUUUUUUUAUUUUUUUUUAUUUUUUAAAGCUUCGUCCCUUCUCGUUCCCCCCAUCGUCUCCUCCGCGAUCGUCCUCCUCCUCUAAUUACGAUUUCUAGGGCUUCUGUGGGGAGCAAUGUCGUGGUGGAGGAGCGCCGUGAGGAAGGCCGUGGAGGUCGGGGGCAAGAACCACCUCUCCCGCAGCGUCAAAAACUAUGCGGACUCCGUCGUCCACCACGCCGGCCAAGCCGUCGCCGGCGGCGCCAAGGCCUUCCACGACAGAAUCGGUGUUCGGAGUUUCAGAAGCUUCGAGCAAACUGCGAAAAGGUUGGAACAAAUUGCGGUGUCUUGCCACGGGGUCGAGAGAGUGCAGCUGUUACGGCGGUGGCUGCUCGCCUUAAAACAAGUCGAGAGGGCGUCUGAAGCUCCGGCGGACGAUAAAAUUCUCAAGAAACAGCGAUCGUCUGACGAGCUGAAUACUUCAUCUAAGAGUUACUCGUUGGAUUUAUUUUUUGAUUCUGACAUUGGAGCUGAGCCAAUGAACUUCCGUGAUGUUUUCUUACAUAGCCAUGCGCUUGAAGGUAUUACAUUGUCCACGAUUCUGGAAGCUCCAAAUGAUGAAGAAGUUUCGCUGCUCUUGGAGAUUUUUGGACUGUGUCUUACAGGAGGGAAAGAAGUCCAAAAUGCGGUUAUGAGUAGCAUACAGGAUUUGGCCAAAGCAUUUUCCAAUUACCAGGAUGAAGUCUUGGUGAAGCGUGAGGAGCUUCUUCAGUUUGCUCAAAGUGCUAUUUCUGGACUGAAACUGAAUGCUGAUCUAGCAAGGUUAGAUUCUGAAGCAGAAAAACUGCAGAAAAAGAUUUAUAGCAUGGAGGCGCUGCGAGUUCCUUCUAAUGAAGAUCACUAUGAAGCUUCUGAAAAUACUAAUAUUCCGACUGAAGAGGUGCUUAAAGAAGCACUUGCCGAAGUUCGUCUAUGCGCUAGGAUGGAAGCUCUUAUAUUGAAGAAGAAAUCCAUAAAUAGAGGGGACUCUUUAGAAAUCCAUUCUCAAAAGGUUGAUAAGUUGAAGGUCCUAGCAGAAUCUCUCACCAAUUCUGCCUCAAAGGCAGAAAAACGUAUUUUGGAUCAAAGGCAUCAGAAGGAAGAGGCUCUCAAUUUCCACAUAAUCAAAUCGAAGGAAGUUAACGGGCUUGAAAAGGAAUUGGUUGAUGAGAUUGCUGGACUAGAGAAGCAAAAGGAUCAACUCGAGGCAGAACUAAAGAAGAUCAAUAUUUCUUUGACUGCGGCUGUUAGGAGGCUUAAGAAAACCAGAGAGGAGAGGGACAAAUUUGAUGAAGCAAGCAACAAGAUUUUAUUACAUCUGAAAGCAAAGGAGGAUGAUCUUUCAAGAUCUGUUGCUUUAUGCAAAGUAGAAUCUGAAGUUAUCCAUGCAUGGAUCAACUUUUUGGAGGACACAUGGCAGCUCCAGUCCUCAUUUACGGAAGCGAAGGAGAAGAAGACGAAUGACGAGUUGGAGAAAUGUGGAGACUGUUUUAUAAAGUCGAUUAAGCAUCAUCUCUCUGCUUGCAAGGAAGUGCUGAAUCCUUCCGUUGACCGAGUGAGGACGUGUGCGGACAGUUUAAAAAUAUUCAGCGAUAGAUCAGAAAUGGCACAGGAUGAAAAUAAUAAACGAAAAUCCCUUGAAAAAGAGUAUUUGGCAGCUGAAAAAGAGAUCGUAACUGUCUUUAGUAUAGUAGAUGAAAUGAAGGAGCUACAUUUUGCCACACAAGGAAAUAUAAUUAGGAGAGAUGAUCCUGAGGUCAACGAGUUAUUUGCCGCCAUUAAUAAAAUACGAGCAGAAUUCGAAUCUAUUGAAAGGCCAACACUUGAGACUGAGAUACCUAAAGAAAAGGGAGUUUCCAAAGAGGAAUCACAAAAAGGUCCAUCUCAUAAUGUUAGUGUCUCGAAUUCGCCAAGGUCUGAACGAAUUGAAUCUCCCAAGUCAUCUCCAAAGACAAUGGAACAGGAUUCGGACCCUGAGUCAGAAAUAACAAGAUUAGAGAGGGAAUUUGGACAAGUAAGCAAAGGCUACCUAGCCGAAGAGGUCAGUGAGUGGGAGUUUGAUGUGCUCGAAGAGGAUCUAAGGUCUGCUAUCUAAGAUUCAAAAUAAACAGGUGUGGUCCGCACUGUUGUGUACAUUUUUCACCUCAGAUGGUUUGCGUUGAUCAAUACAAACAAUGAUGAACAGUGGGAAUGGGGAAAUCUGAAAUUGCAGUAUGAUGUAUAUUAUUUUCUCUUCUUCUUUUCCUGGUAUUUCUUUUUUGUAUAUGAUCACAAGUGAUACGUUGCCAUAUGGUGAUGUAUCAACUGUUCAAUUUGUUGAACUCUGUAUAAUAAAGAUAUGUGUAAAUAUGAAAUAGCAGUUGCUCAGGUGACUUAUUAGUUAGUA